AUGGCGCUCACCAAGCGAGACUCGCACGGCGGUCCCAUUGCCGUCGACAACAAGGCCGACCACCAUCUACGUCUUUCGCACGAGAAUGACUCUGCUGAUGAGAUCCUCGGAAAUCUCGGCUACAAGCCCGAGUUGGCGCGAAACCGGUCGACUUUCCAAGUUGCCUUCAUGUCUUUUGUGCUGGCGUCGAUUCCCUACGGUCUCGCCACUACCCUCGUAUACCCCAUAACUGGCGGCGGUCCCGUCGACAUUAUCUGGGGUUGGGUUGCCGUCUCGGCCAUCAUUGUCUGCGUCGCCGCGUCUCUGGGCGAAAUCACCAGUGUAUAUCCUACCGCCGGAGGCGUCUACUACCAGGCCUUUAUGCUUGCGCCUGCCAAGUGGCGUAGAAUUGCCAGUUGGAUUUGCGGCUGGGCAUACCUUGUCGGCAACAUCACCAUCACCUUGGCUGUCAACUUUGGCACCACCCUGUUCCUCGUCUCAUGCGUCAACGUGUUUGCGCAAGACGACGACCACCCCGUUCUCGAGGGCAAGCCUUACCAAGUUUUCCUCAUCUUCCUCGCCAUCACCCUUCUGUGCAAUGCCGUCUCUGCUCUCGGAAACAAGUGGCUGCCCUGGAUUGAUACUGCCGCCAUCUUUUGGACCUUUGCUGGUGUUAUUGCCAUCAUGGUGUGCGUGCUUGCCAUUGCCAAGAAUGGUCGCCACGAUGCCAAAUGGGUCUUUACCUACUUUGAGAACAACUCGGGUUGGCCCGAUGGGUGGUCAUACAUGGUCGGUCUAUUGCAUGCAGGAUAUGCCACCUCUUCGACUGGAAUGAUUAUCUCCAUGUGUGAAGAAGUGCAGCAUCCUGCGACUCAGGUCCCCAAGGCCAUGGUUGCUACGAUCGGCAUCAACACCAUUGCCGGCUUACUAUUCCUCAUUCCUCUUGUCUUCGUCCUUCCAGACCUCUCCGUGCUUGCCAGCCUUGCCUCUGGCCAACCGGUGCCGCCGAUCAUCAAGUCUGCGAUUGGAAACUCUGGCGGUGCUUUCGGACUCUUGUUCCCGCUCCUAGUUCUUGCCGUCAUUUGCGGUAUUGGAUGCACCACCGCCUCUUCCCGCUGUGCCUGGGCGUUUGCCCGUGAUGGUGCCGUUCCCGGAUCUAAGAUCUGGAUGAAGGUUAACCACUCCCUCGAUGUGCCCCUGAAUGCCAUGAUGCUCUGCAUGGCUGUUGAGAUUGUGCUCGGUCUGAUCUACUUUGGGUCUUCGGCCGCCUUCAAUGCCUUCUCUGGCGUGGGCGUCAUUUCACUUACUGCUUCGUACGCCUGCCCAAUAGUCAUCAGCCUGCUGAAUCGUCGCAAGGCCGUCCAGGACGCCCGAUUCUCGCUGGGCAGAUUCGGAUACGUCGCCAACAUCAUUGCCAUUGCUUGGUCUGCCCUUGCUCUCCCGCUCUUCUGCAUGCCUUCAGCCAUUCCGGUCCAGGCCACCACUGUCAACUAUGCUCCUGCAGUGUUCGUUGCCGCUGUCAGCAUUUCAGCUAUCUGGUACUGGGCCUGGGGUCACAAGAACUACGCCGGUCCGCCUGUACAUGGCGAGUAA